AUGGCUAAACUUGAAGAUGAAAUUAAACAGGGCUCCAAACUCGAAGAUCUAUUCUCCAUGUCACAAGAAGUGGUUGAGUCUGCCAAAGGGUUUGCCGAGGCCAUAGUAUCGGCUACAGAUGCUAAUGUAAUGUAUCUCAAUUGCUACCAAUUGCUCAAACUGGGAGGACUUGAAGCUGAAAUACCAAGAUUGGUAGUGUUUGGUCAACAAUCAAUGGGAAAGACGACACUCUUAGAUUAUAUAAUGGGCGGGCCAAUCGGUUACAGCUCCUCAGAUACAGGCACCAAACAGCCAGUAGUUAUGAUAAUUAGGCCAUCAAAUGAUUCUUCUGGGAUAAUGUGCAAGUUUGGAGGCCAACUAAUGGAUAUACACCAAGUACAGGAGGCCAUGCGCCAUCACAUGCAAAGGAUGGGGGAUGACAUAACAUCCAAUGAACUGGAGGUGGAGGUAUUUGUCCCGAACGGCGUACAUGCCAUAUUCGUUGACCUCCCUGGAAUAAAAGACGACUCCAAAGCUGGAUCUGAAAUUACUCGCUCCGUGGUCCGUCACUACGUCACAAGCAAUCCUAACGAUUUGUACAUUUUAGUAAAAAAGGCCUCAGAUGAUCCAGCGAAUUGGCCCUGGUCCAUUCGCGAAUUUAUACUAUCAGAAAAGCCACAGGGGCUUGGUUUGUCCUCAAAACAAACCCUUGUUGUUGGAACCCGCGCCAAGGAGUUUAUUUCGAAUGAAAAGAGUGAUGUCAAAACUCAGAAGGAACUCAUGGAAAGAGUCAAAAAGCGCAUGGUUCCAGAUUCGAAGGGAGGAUUUCUGCCUCUCUACAUUCUUGAAUUAUUUUCCCUGUCAAUAGAACAGAAGGAGAAGGGGGAUUUUGUGUCAAACAAGAAGGAGAUGCAUCGACAGGUUUUUGCAGGCGAGCGUGCGGUGAUGGACAUGCUGUCAAUGUUUGACAGCAUGGGAGACAGAGAAACAACUACCACUCUUGUAAACCAUUUUAAAUCGGAGAAUUUUCUCAAGGACCUGAAUGCCAAAUUCCAGUCCAUGAUGAUGAACCAGUUGGCAUUGCUAGAGCGCCGCCUCAUACGUAAAAAGUUGGACCUUGAAAAAAGACUAUCAAUAUAUCAGGAUAAGAUUAGCCGUUUAUCUCCGCAAAGUGUGAGGGAGUGUACUAAAAUUUUCAUUAGGCAGGUAUUGGAGAAUGCGAUAGACCUAGUGACAGGAAAUUAUGCAAUAAUGAAGCUUCCCAAUGGAGGUCAGGAUUUUCUUACAAAAUAUGGCGGUAACCUCGAGGAUAAUCUGUUCGAGGGACAUAAGUUGGCUCUGCAGCUUUUUCCGCAUCCCGAAAUGUACGAUCCAAACUUUUACGACAAAAUCCAACGUCGCUCAAAUGAGAUUUUCAACGAGAAGCUCAGGGAUUUGACAAAGAUGAAAAACGAUCAGAACGUGCGCUAUGAAAUGAGUUCCAAUAGGAUCUUCAUGUUUGGACUCUAUCGCGCCGAAAAGAGCAGCUUCGAAUCUGAUGACGGUCGCGCUACAACGUCCAGUAUCAAUAAAGACAAUAAUAAGUUUUAUAAGAACGAUGGAACCAACAGCAAUUUUGACACUGAUACUUAUUAUGAAGGAGAAUCUGUUAACGUCGCGUUCUUUUAUAACGAUCCGCAGGACGAAUCUGCCAAUAGCAGAAUCCAGCACAAGAUGGUGGAGAAAUCGCGUUUGGUGCCAAUUGUACCUUUUGCCACGACCAAUUUUGGCCUGUACAAUCCACCAUUCAAGGCCUGGCUCAGGGUUCCUAGACAAGAUGGGUGGAUUGCCUUGAAAUUGGUAAUAAUCGAUGAGUUGCCCGAUGAACUCAAGUCUCUACAUAUAGACCCUAUCAAACCUGUAAAUCAUGGAUUGGGAAUUCCUCCCUCGCUGGAAUCUUUGGAUAUUGUUGUUCAUAUGGAGAACGAUGAUAUAGAUCCAGCUGGCGAUGGCAAAUUGUUUGUAAGCCAGCAAGAGGCCCAUCUAAGCACCAAGGCGUCAAAUGGUCAAAAAAGAGAAAAGGGUAAAUCGACAAAUUCAGAAGAAUCUACGAUAUCUGAAUCCAACUUUAUGGUGGUUAAGCUAAGGGAUUUGUUUGUUGAUGCCACAAACAAUGCCAAAUACUACUUUUCCACGCCCCUACAGAUGAUAUCCGGGCCCCAGGCAAAUUCUAGGUUGUUAAACCAAUUUUCAGUGACUCAUAUAUCGCGCUGGCUUAAAUUCCAAAUAAAUCAUUUGGAGCCUGACAAACAAUUUAGCAGCGAUGUAUUAUUUCAGAUGAUGCGCUCAGUGAGACAUGUCGUGGAUAAGGCAGAUUGGGAGCCUUUGAUUGCAGAUUUAUUGCAAGCCAAUGUGAGAGGGACAAUUUUACAUACUGUAAGAUUGGCCAGCUGCGCUGGCGCUGCGGCCUUAAGGCGUAUACUACGAGCCAGUACGGCUGAGGUAUAUAGGAGGAUUAGAUUUUCUAACAUUGAUAGUGGAUUACUAAAUCUGACCGAAUCGGUGCGAUUUUCAGAGGAAUUGGAGCAGUAUUUGGAGGAAUUUUGUUGCGCCAAGGCGCUUGCAUGUGCCAAGGCAAUGAGGGAUGCUAUUUUUGAGCAAACUCAUUCUAUACAAUUUGAAGUGGCUCCAGAUAUUUUCGAGGGAGUUCGCCGUUUCGAGGAGACCUUUUGUGAUCUUCCCCCUGGGCAAACUCCUAUGGCCGAUGCCAUUGAUCAACUACGGGUCAACAUGCACAGGAGAAAGCAGAGUAUGCAGGAUCGUGGGAAACCCAAGGCGCCGCAUGAACUUAUAUAUGAGGAAAUGAGAAUGCAAUUUUGGUCUAUCAAAAUGCUCCUAGUAGCCCCUCUUACCACAAAACUAUACACAUAUUUCAUCAAGGAGGUUGUUGAAAAGUGGACCAGCUCCUCCCUCGAGGAUUCGGCCAUGCCUAACGAGGCGGAGCUAGAACGAUUUUUAGAGGACAGGAUACUAACAGAACGUAAAAAUGGCAAGUUGGUAAUGCGUAGUGAUUCUAAAAUGGCCCAGGCUUACGAACUCAAUGUAAAGUACGACCGUUUUUUGAAUGAGUACGCAUCGCUUGGCCGGACGCUGGAAUUUGUAUCAUAUGCAUUACAGGGUGUUAGUGCCUUUAGGGCUCAAGUUCUAGACCGGGGAGGGGUGGACUUUCUCACAAAGCUAGAAUUGCAGUGA